GUGGACACCAAUGACCAAUCCUCGUCUCUUUGGUGGUUGAGCAGCAGGUUCCACAUUCUUCAUGGAACAUUGUACCACAUCAAUGGAUCAAAUCGGAAAAUUCAAGGUUCCUCAUGGCGAAACUUCAUUUUUAGUGUUACAGAAAUGCACAAGCACCAUAGUAGACGUUGUGAUUUCAAAGUUUUGCAGUGGCAGUAACAUUAAAAAACGACGUGCUAGGCUUGUGAGAAUGACUUUAGAGAUAAGUGCUUGUUUUGUGUGCUGCUUAGUUGCUUGUCAUUUUGAGAUUCACAGAUUGGAUUUAGUCAAAGAAUAUUCGCACAGCAACCACCUUCCCAUGAGCAUCUUAUUGCUGGCUCCACAGUUUUCCUUGCUUGGACUUGCGGAAGGACUUCUUAAAGACGGUAUGGACAAUGUCUACAAGGACUACUUACCAGUAUCCAUGCAUCAUUUUGGAAUGACAUUAGGUAAUUCUCUGGUUGCUCUGGGAAAAUUCAUUGGACUGGUGUUUAUUCAUGUUUUUCGAUUUUGGAUUGGUGACAAUGUGAACUCAAGUCAUCUUCAAUAUUACUAUCUCAUGUUAGCACUUCUCACCACCGGUGCCAUAAUUCUCUUCUUAAUUCUUGCCAACAUCUACCAUUGGGAGAUACACUCAAGGAAAGAGGAUCAUGACUCAAUUUCCGAAAUAGAUAUCAUUAAUGUAACCAUCUCCAUUACUUCAGUAAGAAUCGGCAGCUCUGAAGAAGAAUCCCUUGCCGGAGUAGAUGAUAUUUAAAAUAAAUGAACAGUUACACU